AAUGGUUAAGCCAGGGGGGAUUUGCCCCGCCGCAGGUUACUGGAAAGCAGCUUGUUCCAUUAUAGACAUCCACAAAAUGCCUUAUUUUACAAGACUCAUUUUGUUCUUGUUUUGCCUGGUGGUUCUUGUGGAAAGCAGAAAGCCCAGGAGGAGGAGAUGGACAGGGCAGCUGGAAAUGCCCAGGCCAAGUCACUUAUAUAAGAAGAACCUCGAUGUAACCAAAAUGCGAAAAGGAAAACCUCAGCCGCUUCUCCGAGUGGACGACCAUGAUUUCACCAUGAGGCCCGCCUUUGGAGGCCCUGCCAUCCCGGUUGGUGUGGACGUGCAGGUGGAGAGCCUGGACAGCAUCUCUGAGGUGGACAUGGACUUCACCAUGACCCUGUACCUGCGGCAUUAUUGGAAGGACGAAAGGCUGGCCUUCCAGAGCACUAGCAACAAGAGCAUGACCUUCGAUGGACGGCUGGUGAAGAAGAUCUGGGUCCCUGAUGUCUUCUUUGUUCACUCCAAAAGGUCAUUCAUCCAUGAUACUACUACUGACAACAUCAUGCUGAGGGUUUUUCCAGAUGGCCAUGUGCUGUACAGCAUGAGGAUUACAGUCACUGCCAUGUGCAACAUGGACUUCAGCCACUUUCCCCUAGACUCGCAGACCUGUUCGUUGGAGCUGGAAAGCUAUGCAUACACAGAUGAAGAUCUGAUGCUGUAUUGGAAGAAUGGGGAUGAAUCGCUGAAAACAGAUGAGAAGAUCUCCCUGUCUCAGUUUCUGAUCCAGAAGUUUCACACCACUUCCAGACUCGCCUUCUACAGUAGCACUGGCUGGUACAACCGUCUGUACAUUAACUUCACACUGCGUCGCCACAUCUUCUUCUUCUUGCUGCAAACCUAUUUCCCUGCUACCCUGAUGGUCAUGCUGUCCUGGGUAUCCUUCUGGAUUGACCGCAGAGCUGUGCCUGCCAGAGUUUCACUGGGUAUCACCACGGUGCUGACCAUGUCCACCAUUAUCACGGGCGUGAACGCCUCCAUGCCCCGCGUCUCCUACAUCAAGGCCGUGGACAUCUACCUCUGGGUCAGCUUCGUGUUCGUGUUCCUCUCGGUGCUGGAGUACGCGGCCGUCAACUACCUGACCACUGUGCAGGAGCGGAAGGAGCGGAAGCUGCGGGAUAAGUUCCCAUGCACAUGUGCAAUGCUUCACUCAAGAACCAUAAUGCUGGAUGGAAGCUACAGUGAGUCUGAGGCCAACAGCCUGGCCGGGUACCUGAGAAGCCAUCUUCUGACAGAAGAAGAAAGGCAAGACAAAAUAGUGGUCCACCUGUCCCUGAGCAAUGAAUCUGACUCCAGGAAGAAGGGGCUUCUGAAGGGCCAGAUGGGUCUUCGCAUCAUCCAGAACACUCACGCCACCGACAAGUAUUCCAGGUUGAUAUUCCCUGCCUCCUUCAUAUUUUUCAACUUAAUUUAUUGGUCAGUGUUUUCCUAGGGGCUCCAAGGCUGUGCCUGGGAAUGGGUGUGGAAAACGACGAGGCAUGACCAGUCAUGGACCUGCUGAACGUGCUCCCCUCACUAGAUGGAGCUGCAGCUCCUGGAUCCUGUGAGCAGGGUCUCUCGCUCAAAGGAGCCC